GUUUAGGUUGGAUAUUAGAAAGAGGUCCUUCCCCCAGAGGGUGGUUGGGUACUGGAACAGGCUCUCAGUGGAAGGAAGUAGUCAUAGUACCAAGCCUGACAGAGUUCAAGAAUUGUUUAGAUGAUUCAGUCACAUGGUGUGACUCUUGGGAAAAAACACUAGCUUGUUAAAGGGAAGAGGUAGGAUUUCUAAUGUAUCUCGGAGGAGGAAAAAGAGGGAAAAGUGCAGUUAAAGAGCUAAAAUUUGUGUUAUCAAUAUGGAAAAGAAAAGGAACAUGUAGAAGUUUGGUUUAUUGCUUCCCUCAAAAUUUUUGUUUUUGUCCCAGAAAUUUGAUUUCAGAUUGAAUUGAUGAACAAAUUGCUUUAUAUUAAACAACCUUACUAUAACAGUAUGCUUUGGGCUAAGGUAAGUGGAUUUAAGUGAUCCAGUUAUGUGUGCUCAGAUCCAGACGUGCAUAUCUUCUGAUACCUGUUUGUGAGUUCUUGUACAAUUUUCAUUGUGGUUCCUUAUUUUUCCCUUAUCACAACUUGUUUUAACAAACCUCAGAAUUUCUUUUGCGUAUGGUCUCUAACAUCCUGUUCUGAUGGUGAAGUGCCCAAGUGCCUAACAUGUGUCAAGACUGCUGCUGCCUAAUCUAGUCACGGGGUGUAGAAACAGCUCAGUGUUUGGCAGGCACAAAAAUGUGUGCCAGAGGAAUUUGCUUCCUGACAUGAAGGAAUUCUCCGUGACUAUUUUGAUCAUGCAUGAGACUUGUGAAAUACUGAAGUCAUGUCAGCUUCUGAAGUGAUUAUAAUUUGCCCCUGACUUAGGUAUUUUUGAUUUCUGGGAUAGCAUCCUCCAUGCAAAAGAUAGCUUAACAAUUCCAUAUUUAAGUGGAUACACUCUGAACAUUUUCUCUCUCUCCUGCUUCUUGCUGGAAUCUGCAAUGGGUAGAUUUGUUGCAGAUUUCAAACCUGUCAACACCCAAACGUGUGACACCAGCUCUCAAUACAUGUGAAAGAACUAAGCUGAGAGACAUGAUAAUAUGUAACAGGGGAAGAAGAUAGAAGUUCUGCAGGAUACAUUCUGUGCAGUGGAGAAAACUUUCUAUAAACUCCAUUUUGAAGUUGCACAACUCUCUUAUCAGCCUGUGUAGGACAGGAGUUUGGACUUCAUGACUCUCCCUUGCACUAGAGGAAACAGUCUAUGCUUUUACUGCAGAGAAUUUUAUGAGCUGCUUAAAUCCCAAACCCAAGAGUAUUAAAAAUAUGUGUAACUCCCAAGUUCAAGUGAAGGAAGUUCAUGUUUUGAAAAUUCCCCCUGCUGUUAGAGAGCUGCGUCACCCAGCAGCCCGGCUGAAUCUGGAUAACAGCAACCCAACCGGGAAGUGCAGCUGUGCACACGCUCGGACUUUUCUUUUGUGGCUGGCCAGUUCCGUGUGCACUCGCCUGGAGCCAUGGCACAGCUCUACUCUACUGCUCCAGCCCCGCUGCUGUGCACCCUUGCUAUGCUGUUCAAAAUGUCUCUGUCAGUGGACCAUGUGCCGAUGCUGCUUUGGUCAACUCAGAGAUCACAGUGGAAUCCAGACACUGCUAUGCAUGAAGGGCACGUUGUCUCAGCACAGGAGCUGACAGUACUCUUGCAAUCUCUUUUUACCCAGAACUCCAGAAACCUUGUCUUGUUUCUGCAAGAUAGGCUUAGUGUAGAUGAUUUCACAUACCUCAGUGAAUCCUAUGGCAACAAGAAUCCGUUUCAAAAUGUUCAGGAAAUUCUUCAGUCUUCUCCUUCAUCUUUAGUUUUGCCAGCUGUUGACUGUGAGGCUACCAGGUAUCUUCUGAGCUUUCUUCAGGAGUCAGGAGAUUGGAAGUUAACAAAUGUAACUAAUCUCGAUGUGUCUCAGCUGGAAGUGAAUGCAUCCGAAGGAAACUUACUGGUGGUUCAACUACAACCACUUGUCAGUGGUUUAAAAGAGAUUUCCACCCUAGAAGCAAUUGCUGAAAAUGACAAAAUAAUCAGAAAAGUGACCAUGGAUCUGCAGGAACGAGGGAUUCAUUUUUCAGUAAUUUUUACUGCAGUGAGACCUUCAAGGAUUUCUAGAAGGACCAAUGUGGUGGCAGAAUUGAGACGUCAAUUAAUGGCCACUGAGGAAGAAGAUGAUUUAUCAUAUCCUCCUCUGAAUAUGACCACUGGAAAUUAUACAUGCAUCCUUUUUUAUGCUAGUAAUUUCAGCCUCAAAGCCAACAGUUCAGUUUUUGUAGAUUUGACAAAUGCAACAUUUGUAACACAGAAUGUGGAUAUUUCUGCCUCUGAGUGCUCAGACAGCAACACAACACUGUCAUUAAAAUACACAAAGCCAGUGAAUGGAAUCAGCAGCCUAGAGAUAAGGUUUUUAAUGACCAACAAGUUCUAUGAAGGUUCGGCUAGACAAUGGUCCACUUUAGAUUCAGUGGAGAUCAUACAAGAUGGAGAAAAGUUUGCUAAAUUUAAUGUUUCUGUCAUCUCUGCUCCUGCAGAGUAUUCAUUUCAUUGUCAACUGGUGGGAACAAGCAAUCUCUAUCCUGCAAGGCUGGUUCCAGCCAACAAUGAGGCAAAAAAUUGGGAUGUUUUUAUUUCCAGGUUGCAGAUUCAAGGCUUCAACAUUGAAAACAACCAGUUUUCCUAUGCAAGUGACUGUACAGGUUUCUUCACCCCUGUAAUCUGGAUGGGUCUGGUAACAUCUGUAAUUUUACUGUGGAUCUUGACUUACGGAAUCCAUAUGAUCAUGCAGCUUACAACAAACAGCAGAUUCGAUGAUCCCAAAGGUCCGGCUCUGUCAGUUCCUCAGACAGAAUAACCAUGGACUGACUCAAUGGUGCUGUGGCUUUUCCUAGUCUGAUAUUUAUGAUUUUUAUAACCUUUCUACUUCAUAAUAUGUGUAACCUAAAAAGAUAUCAUAGCAGAAAGAGAUAAUUAAACUACAUAUAAAAAUGAUCCCUAUGCUUGGAAACAAUAAUAAAUCUACUUUUUAUUGCCAUCAUUUGUUAACAGCUAUCUGUGUUAAGGUUCUGAAGUGAGGUUGUAGAGGUUGUUACUCUCUCUGGCUAUUAGAAAGACCAUUAAAAAUUGCCUUCAGAUUAACUAUUAUUGGCAAAGAAAGGAUAUCAUGACAGAAAUAAUUGUGAAGGAUAAAUAACUUAUUUGAUGGGAAACUAUAUAUUGAAAAUACUGGUGUCUCUACAGUCUCUUCAGUGAGUAUGUCGUGAUGAUGCUACAUCUUAAAAAGGCUGAACUGUGUCUUGUAAUUUUUUCUCUUGAGUAAAUAAUCCAGAAAUGUACAGAACUAAUAAAGCUAGAAAGUCACUAA